AUGUCCACCAUCGCUUCUCCCCGCGAACCUCCCCGCAGGACACCGACAUCAUCUACACGUCCAUCCUUCGAAACAACCCGGUCGGCCAUCGCAUCUCCCGUCCUUGGCCAGGCGCCCGCGUUCACUCCUCAACCACGCAAGACCUCCUCCAACCGAGCCGCCCUUAGAGAGUACUACAAUCUAAGGGCACAGGCCCCACGGAUCGAGAUACCAGACUCGGAAGUGCCGGCCAGCGAGCUUGACGGACCCGACUUUGACCCCGAGGAGCAUGUCAGCAAGGUUGUCGCAGGAAGCAGUCUUGAGGAGCUGCUGAGGCUGUAUACACGCGUCGUAGGCGAGGUGCGGGCGCUCGAUGCGGAGAAGAAGGCGUUGGUCUACGAUAAUUACAGCAAGCUGAUUACAGCAACUGAGACUAUCCGCAAGAUGCGAGCGAAUAUGGACCCCUUAAACCCAAUGGCAUCAACUCUCGACCCGGCCAUUGCCCAGAUCUACAGCCAAGCAUCCUCCAUACGAGAUGCCCUCCGCGAGACAGUCCCAGCACCAGACUCGGACCAAGGCAAGAAGCGUGAAACAGAGGCGAGGCAGCAACGCACAAGGGAGCUGGCAGCACAGGUCCUAGCGACGCCAGAGAGGAUACGCAAUCUAGUCAAGGAGGGCAAGAUUGCGCAGGCGCGGAGAGAAUGGGUCAUGCCGAGGAAGCUGCUAGAGUCAUGGAAAGAGAAGGGAAUCGGCGGGAGCGACGUCGACGAGUGCAUCCAAGAAGGCGACGAGGCCCUGAAGCAACCAGAGCUCAAGAGCAGCACCCCGAGCCCGAGGAUAUCAAGAGACGAGCGCCUGUCCAGGGACGGACGACUAUCGAGGGACAGUCGAGUGUCCAGGGAUGAACGGUGA